AUGAUGCACAGAGGGGGCGAUGGUCUGUGGCAAUCCCCGCAGCCUGGAACAGAUCUAAAAUGUGACACGCGGAGGCCAAAGGGUGGGGGUCAGCGGACCCUGCCUUGGUCCCCCUGCAGUGCCAUGUAUAUCACAGAAUUCCUGGAUGGAGGACAUGGUAACUGUCUGCUUGAUGAACCAGCCCAAACUAUCACCCUCCCGACUGACCUUCCAGGCCAAAUACCAAUGUAUAACUUAGACCAACAGUGCCAGCAAAUAUUUGGCAAAGAGUUCGAACACUGUCCAAAUGCCACACAGGAAGACGUCUGCUCCCAGCUUUGGUGCAAGUUGGAAAACGGAGAGCAACUCUGCCACACCAAAAAUGGCAGCUUGCCCUGGGCUGAUGGGACACCCUGUGGGCCAGGGAAAAUGUGCCUGGAGAGCCACUGCGUGGCACAAGAUACAGUGAUGCCCAAGGUAAUCUUAGACAAACCAUUGGGCAAAAGCUUUCGAGAGCACCAGUGCGAGAAAUAUGACAGAUACAACUUCACCGACUUGAAUGGGAAUUUGCUAGAAUGGGUCCCCAUGUAUGCUGGAGUGUCUCCUCGAGAUCGUUGCAAGUUAGUCUGCCGGGCGAAAAGAGGGAAUGAAUUCAAAGUCUUUGAGACCAAAGUGAUUGACGGGACAACAUGUGCACCUGAUACACUCUCUAUCUGUGUGCAUGGACAAUGUAUCAAGGCUGGUUGUGAUCAUAUUAUUGGUUCUUCCAAGAAACUAGACAAAUGUGGAGUUUGUGGUGGGGACUGCUCAACUUGCAGAAAAAUAUCCGGCUCACUCAACAAAUCCAAGUUUGGCUACAACGACAUCGUCACCAUUCCAGCAGGGGCGACCAACAUUGACAUCAAGCAACACAGCCGAGGAGUAAGGCAUGAUGGGAAUUAUUUAGCUCUGCGGACCCUGGAUGGCAAGUACCUACUGAACGGAAACUUCACCGUCUCAGCUAUGGAACAAGACAUCUUUGUGAAGGGGACUGUCCUGAGGUACAGCGGCUCCCUGACCACCCUGGAACGCCUCCAGAGUUACCAGCAGCUCCCCGAAUCCAUUGUCGUUCAGGUGUUGACCGUUUCCAGCGAGAUGUUCCUCCCCAAGGCAUUCCCUCCGCCCAAGGUGAAAUAUACCUUUUUUAUCCCCAAGGACCUCCAAUUCAACAAGCAGAAGAUCAAGGAGAAAAGCUUGGCCAACAUGAUCAAACCCUUGUUGACCUCACAGUGGGUUCUGGGAGACUGGUCAGAGUGCUCCAAGUCCUGUAGCUCAGGUUGGCAACGGCGGACAGUAGAAUGCCUGGAUGUGGAAGGGCAGCCUUCCUCCACCUGUGACAAGGCCCUCCAACCCGAGGACAUCAAACCAUGCAGUGGUCUUCCUUGCCCCAUCUGGCAGAUGGGGCCAUGGUCCCCCUGUUCCCAAACAUGUGGAGAAGGAAUGCGGACACGAAGUGCCUUGUGCAUUGACUACCUAGGCAAGCCUGUUGCCUUCGAGAAAUGCAAUUCGUCGCAGCCUCCAGCAGCCACUACUCUCUGUGUCCUCCAGGAGUGUUGA